AUGAUGGACUGUUUCUGCGAGGAGUCGUGGCGGAACCACACCCCACACUCCACAGCACAAGAUCGGGUACUGCCAGCAGUGUCCGAUAGGGUCAAGUGGCCCGCCCAUAUGGGUGCCAGGCCACCUCCCUAUUUCAAUGCCGGAAUGUUCGUUUUCAAGCCCGAUCUUGCUACCUAUCACGACCUAUUGAGUACACUGAAAGCCAUCCCUCCAACUCCAUUUGCUGAGCAGAGCAAGGCCAGCGGGCUGGAAAAUGCUGGCGGCACUGGCACCGGCCCGCCCGCUAGACCGGUGUCAGCGUGGCGACACUGCCCUUGGCAGUGCCAACGGGAGUGCCGCCUGCCUGGUGCACCCCCUGGGAGUCCCCUCCCUCCGGUCUACAACCUUGUAAUGUCGAUGCUGUGGCGCCACCCAGAGAAAAUCGACCUUGGGCAAGUUAAGGUUGUCCACUACUGUGCCACGGGGGCCAAGCCAUGGAGGUUCAGCGGCAAGGAGGAGAAUAUGGACAGGGAAGAUGUUAGGAUGCUGGUGAAGAGAUGGUGGGGACAUCUAUAA